GCCGUGGUCGACCCCUCCGACCCGGUGGCCGUGCAGGCUGCCAUCGAGGAGGAGGGGGUGGUGCUGGAGGCCAUACUCUGCACCCACAAGCACUGGGACCACAGCGGGGGGAACGCGGAGCUGCGCCAGCGGCACGGCUCCUGCAAGGUGUACGGCAGCGCCCUCGACGCCAUCCCCGAGCUCACCAACCCCCUUGGUGACAAGGAGAAGGUGACGGUGGGCUGCCUGACCUUCGAGGCGCUGGCGACGCCCGGCCACACGGUGGGCCACACGGCGUACGUGCUGGACGCGGGGCCCUUCGGGGGCCCCCCCUGCCUCUUCUCCGGGGACCUCCUCUUCCUCGCCGGCUGCGGCAGGUUGUUCGAGGGCUCCCCUGAAACCAUGCUGGCCUCGCUGGAUGCGGCCGUGGGCUUGGGAGACGACACGCUGCUAUGGCCAGGGCACGAGUACGCGCUGGAGUGCCUGAGCUUCGCCAGCCUGCUGGAGCUGGACAACCCCGCACUGGAGCAGAAGCUGCUGUGGGCGACGCAGCAGCGGCAGGAGAAGAGGAGCACGGUGA